UUGAAGGAUCAUGGCUUGCAUGCGAGAGAACUAUGUGGAUCCUAUGCGCUGCUUGCUUGCUCUGUUUGCAGGGUCCGUUUCUUGGUAACGCAGAGGAAAGAGUCAACGGUCUUCAUCAAUGGCCAUAUAUACACAUAGCAUGCCAUUUCAUGACUGGUGAUAGAUCACCUCCCUGCGCUCCAUCAUGCUCAUGUCCCUGCCCGCCCCUGAGCCAGAGCUCCUCGCCUCUUGUGCUGACGCAUGCAAAAGAAAGCAAAUUGCUAAGAUAAAGAGAACACGCCGCCGCUCCAAAAACUCCGACCUCUUCCGCCGAGUGCCUCUGAACUCCCCUUAUAUAUAACCGCCCGUUCUU